GUGCAUUGUGUGUGUGUGUGUGUGUUGCCUCCGCUGCCGUGCAGUGUGCAUCCCCCCCACCUGACGAUGGGCGUGGUGGAUGCAGUGGAUGUGGUGGAUGCGGUGGAUGUUUUGGAUGUUUUGGAUGUGGAUAUUGUGGAUGUGGAUGUGGUGGAAGUGGAUGUGGUGGAUGUGGUGGUGGUGUGGUGGUAUAGUGGAGUGGUGUGGUAUGCUAAACGAUGCUCGGUGGGGAUGGAUACUCUACUUGGAUGGAUGUGAUGUCUCUCCCUCCGCUCCCACAGACACUCCGCUCCAGAUGAUGCGGGGCAUGCGCAGCAUGAUUGAUUGACCGACCGACCACGGACCAUCACCAAGAUAUGUCGGCACGCUAUGUAGGUGUGUAUACGGAAGGGAUUGACAGGUGAGGGAGGCCAGGGCGUGCGUGCGGUGCGUACGGUGCGGUGCGGAUGAUUCAGUUUCGGAGUCGGUCGGCAUUCCAUGUGUCUCCCUCCGCCUGCACCAAUCGCUGGAGUGCGGAGAUUACUCGGACGACUGGAACUCGAAUGGAGGCCAGUCGUUGAAACUUGACUACCUGCUCUACCGUACAGAUAGCACGUCGAAGCGGUCGAUCCGAAUGGACGGCGAGGGAGGGAGGGAGGGAG